UGAAACCCUUAUUUUUAUCUGCUGAAGAACAGAUCUUAUCGCCCUAUUUUAUGUAUUUGGGAAAACAUAAAAACAGAAGGCGCAAGCACUUGCACCCACCUUCUCUAUCGCCUCCCUCAUUAGCGGGCGCCCGCACUUCUGUUUCUCAUCCCAUUCAUUCAUUCUUCAUAUAUUGAUCCGUCUUGGUAUUUUUUUCCCAAUUCAAGUAUACAUAAAAGGUCUGUGCUUUUCAGCAAACAAGUUCCGAUGUAUGCAAGGACACUAAAGUAUAGAAACCAAUGGAAUUAUGUGGUUCAACGCAGCAAAUAUUUUUGUAGCUCUAGUUAUUAUACUGGACAAUAUCUGAGCACUGCAGCAAGAGCCAGUAGCUUGGUCGAGAGAUAUGUGUCAAAUUCUUCUCCAUUAUCAGGGUUUUCAUCCAAGAGAUGGUGUAGAAGAUCAAGUUCGAGGCCAGAUGUUGGUUGGAUAAAUUCGUCGCUGAGAUUUUAUAGUUCCGAAGGCGAUGGAAGGAAUGCAAGUGAGGAUAAGCGUGUUCCUGACAAAGAUGUGGUGGAAUGUGAAAAGGAAAAGAUUCCCAAGGAAAAUAUCGCGGACAAUGCCAGGCAUUGUGAUGCGCAUGCUCGCCUUGGGGAGCAUGAUCAAAGGGAGUGGCUUAAAAAUGAAAAGAUUUCUAUGGAUAAUAAAAAGAAGGAGUCCCCCUUUCUAACUCGACGAGAAAGAUUUAGAAACGAGUUCCUGCGAAGGAUUACUCCAUGGGAAAAGAUAACAGUCUCAUGGGAUAAUUUCCCUUACUAUAUCCCUGAACACACUAAAAACCUUCUCGUGGAAUGCACAGCCUCCCAUCUGAAACAUAAGAAAUUGACUACAGACUAUGGGGGCCGUUUGACUUCUGCUAGUGGGAGAAUUCUGCUUCGGAGCAUUCCAGGUACGGAGCUAUACCGGGAAAGGUUGGUGAGAGCAGUUGCUCGGGAUUUACAAGUACCAGUAUUGGUCCUUGAUAGCAGCAUUUUAGCUCCAUAUGAUUUCAACGAAGAUGAAAGUGAGUCAGACGAGGAGAACGAGUGUACGUCAGAGUCUGAGGUUGAGGAUGAAAACGAUGCAAGCAAUGAGGAGGAUUAUACCAGCAGCGGCGAGGCUAGAACUGAUGGAAGUGAUGAUGAAGUUGAUAUUAAUGUCUCAGCUGAAAAUUUGAGAAAGCUUCUCCCAUGCAGUAUUGAAGAGUUUGAGAAGAGUGUUUCUGGUGAAUCUGAAAGCUCCUCCAUAUCUUCAAAGCCAGAAACUUCAGAAACAUCUAAUAUGGCCAGCCAUAAACUAAAGAAAGGGGAUCGAGUGAAGUACAUUGGACCAUCCACUACCAUUGAAGCAAACAAUAGGAUUGUAUUGGGGAAGAUACAAACAUCGGAUGGUCCAACAAAUGCUUAUACUAUUAUUCGUAGCAGGAUCUUGUCUAGCGGUCAACGAGGAGAGGUUUAUGAAGUGAAUGAAGACCAAGUAGCCGUUGUAUUUGGUAUUAGUUGCCAGAGAACAGAGGAAAUAAAGGAAGCAAAAAGUGCUGAAGCUACUGCAAAACCUUCAGUGUGUUGGCUUAAUGUGAAGGUCCUCGAACCUGAUCUUAAUUCUCAAACACAUGACAGCUAUAUUGCAAUGGAGGUGCUUUGUGAGAUUUUGGAGUCGCAACAGCCACUUGUGGUCUACUUUCCAGAUUCUUCUCUCUGGCUGUCAAGGGCAGUCCCGAAGUCGGAUCGGAAAGAGUUUGUUAGUAAGAUGCAAGAGAUGUUCGACAAAUUAUCAGGUCCUCUGGUCUUGAUUUGUGGACAAAAUAAAUUGGAAACAGAAUCAAACUCAAAAGAGAAGGACAAAUUUACAAUGAUACUUCCAAACUUGGGCCGUCUUGCUAAGUUGCCUCUUUUGAAGAGACUGGCAGAGGGAUUAAGACCUUCUAAACGGUCUGCAGAGGAUGACUUAUAUAAGCUAUUCGCUAACGUGAUGUGUUUAGAUCUGCCGAAGGAGGAAGAUCUCUUGAGGAUUUUAAACAAACAGAUUGAGGAAGACAAGAAAAUAGUAAUAUCACGAAGCAACUUGAGCGAAUUGCACAAGGUUCUUGAGGAACACAACUUAUCAUGCAUAGACUUGUUACAUCUAAAAACAGAUGGUGUUGUAUUGUCAAAACAGAAAGCAGAGAAGGUGGUGGGCUGGGCCAAAAGUCAUUACCUUUCGUCAUGUCUCCUUCCUUCAGUCAAGGGGGAUCAGUUGCAGGUUCCUCGUGAAAGCCUUGAACUUGCAAUUUUGAGGUUAAUGGAGCAGGAAACAGCUUCGAAGAAGCCGUCCCAAAAUUUGAAGAAUCUUGCUAAGGAUGAGUACGAGACCAACUUUGUUUCAGCAGUGGUUCCUCCCGGAGAGAUUGGUGUGAAAUUUGAUGAUGUGGGUGCACUUGAAGACGUGAAGAAGGCACUAAAUGAACUUGUGAUUCUGCCUAUGCGGAGACCUGAGCUUUUCUCCAGUGGAAAUUUGCUGCGGCCUUGCAAAGGGAUAUUACUUUUUGGUCCCCCUGGAACUGGAAAAACCCUUCUGGCGAAGGCCCUUGCAACAGAAGCUGGUGCAAAUUUCAUUAGCAUUACUGGUUCAACACUUACAUCUAAGUGGUUUGGCGAUGCUGAAAAACUUACUCGAGCGCUUUUCUCCUUUGCCAGCAAGCUGGCUCCUGUUAUAAUUUUCAUUGAUGAGGUUGACAGCUUACUUGGUGCCCGUGGCGGUGCUUUUGAGCAUGAGGCAACUAGAAGAAUGCGUAAUGAAUUUAUGGCAGCUUGGGAUGGCUUGAGGUCAAAAGACAGCCAGAGAAUCCUUGUACUUGGUGCUACAAAUAGGCCAUUUGACCUGGAUGAUGCUGUCAUUCGUCGUUUGCCAAGAAGGAUUUAUGUCGACCUGCCAGAUGCUGAUAAUCGUCAUAAAAUACUCAAGAUAAUUCUAGCUCGAGAAAAUCUAGAAACUGGGUUUCCCUUGGAACAACUUGCAAAUUCUACUGAAGGUUAUUCCGGGAGCGACCUAAAGAACCUCUGUAUUGCUGCAGCAUACAGACCUGUCCAAGAGUUGCUGGAAGAAGAAAUCAAGGGUGGCAAAAUUGAUGGAGUUCCAGUUUUAAGACCGCUCAGGUUGGAGGAUUUUACUCACGCUAAAACCAAGGUGGGACCGUCAGUUGCCUUCGAUGCAGCCACUAUGAAUGAGUUGCGAAAGUGGAAUGAACAAUAUGGCGAAGGCGGAAGCAGGAAAAAGUCGCCAUUUGGUUUUUGAUACUACCAUCAACCGGACCUGGACAACCGUUUUUCCCCGUAGGAAGUUAGAAGAUGCAAAAAGUUGUACCUUUAAGGUAAAAAUAGCUUUUUGCCCUCCUCAGAGAGAGAGAGAGAGAGAGAGAGAGAGAGCUUUUUGCGGACAGAAGCUUCGGUACAUAACUUUAUGUGGUAGAUCCCAUUGUAGGCAUAGAGGCAGAAAGGGGAACAGGCUAAUUUGUCGUUGUAUCUUUAGCAAUUCUAACUUAGUAAUCUUUUUUUCUCUCUUUCUAAAUUAUAAAUGAUUAUAGUUAUAAAUUCUUAAAGUUUCAGUUGA